ACCCGGCUGGCAAUGGCCUGAGCCGAUCCCUUAGGAGAUCCAGCGCUCCUGCCCUGCCUGCCCGACCAGCCCUGCCUCCUCGCCACCCCGCUCCCUUUUCGCCUGCACAAUGCCAGCUCUGCGGCGUAGCCCCUUCCUACACUAGGGGGGCUCUGCUGAGGAUGUGAGCCGGCGGGCAGGGAGAGCCAUUGUGGGGAAGAGGAGCCAGCCAGAGGAGGCCGAGCGAGGCUAUGAGGUGUGGGCGACCGGAGAAGGCUCCUCGCUGAACCAUGAUGAAGACGGAGCCCCACGCCGCCAGCCCCGGCAACAGCAGUAGCGGCAGCCUGAGAAGCGCCUCUCCCCACAGGAACGCCUACGAAGCGGGGAUCCAGGCCCUCCGAGCCACAAAGGAUGCCCUUGGGGCCGCCGAGAGCGAAGAAGCCAAGAAGGCCAGGAACAAGAAGUAUGGCUCCAACGUGCACCGGAUCAAGAACAUGUUCCUGCAGAUGGGGACCGCCCCGCCGGGCGAGGGCACCUGCGACCUGGCCAAGGUGAAGGAGAAGCCCGUCCGGCUUUCCUUGCCCAGGGCCAGCAGCCUGAACGAGAACGUGGACCACAGCGCGCUGCUGAAGCUGGGGACCAGCGUGUCGGAGAGGGUGAGCCGCUUCGACUCCAAGCCCGACAAGCCGGUCUCCAAGCUCCAGGAGACCCGGAAGAUCUUCGAGCGGAGCCUUCAGGAGAAGGAGACCACCAACAAGCUCCUGCUGAGGAAGGAGAGGGCCGGCUUCCAGGACAGGAAGCUGGAUGUGGUGGUGAGGUUCAACGGCAGCACGGAGUCCCUGGACAAGCUGGACACGGAGGCCGUGUCGCCCACCGUCAGCCAGCUCAGUGCCGUCUUCGAGAAGGCCGACCUGAGGAACAACCUGCACAAAACCCCCAGCAAAGUUGGGCCCCUCAACUCCAAGAUCGUCAGCAAGAGGUCCCGGGUCUUCCUCCAGGGUCCGGAAGGGGGCAAGGCGGAAGCCAGGGGGGGCGACGGGCCGGCUCCCCAACUGAGAGGCGACAAGGCCCAACCCAAACCGGUCGCGCCCAGGCCGGGCGAGAAGGACGCCAUGGGCCCACGGGCCCAGAGCGUCCAGGAGGUGCGGAAGAUUAAGCCGGUGGAGGUGGAGGAGAGCGGGGAUUCGGAGCAGGAGUUCGAGGCCGCCGAGCAGGCGGAGGAGAGGGCGGCCGAGCAGGACAAGAGCAAGAGCUUGGCGUCUGGGCCCGAGAGGGCCGAGAUGAUCCAGGCCGAGGUGACGGUGCAUGCGGCCUUGGAGAACGGCGGCCUGGCUGCGGAGAAACAUGGGCAGGCCCCGGAAGUGGACGCCUACCCCGAGGAGGAGGGCAAGGCCGAGGGGCAGGAGGAGGCCGACCUGGGCGAUGAGUCCAAGAAGGAGGACUUCUCGGAGGCCGACCUGGUGGACAUCAGUGCAUACAGUGGGCUGGGGGAGGACUCGGGGGGGAGCGGGCUGGACGAGGACGAGGAGGCCGACGGGCUGUACGAGCCCGAGUCGAGCUGCGUGGAGAUCCCCGGGCUGUCGGAGGAGGAGGAGCUGGCUUCCAACCGCAAGAUCCAGUUCAGCACGGCUCCCAUCCAGGUGUUCAGCACCUAUUCCAACGAGGACUACGACCGCCGGAACGAGGAUGUGGACCCCAUGGCUGCCUCGGCCGAGUACGAGCUGGAGAAGCGGGUGGAGAGGCUAGACCUCUUCCCGGUGGAGCUGGAGAAAGACUCCGAGGGGCUGGGCAUCAGUAUUAUCGGGAUGGGCGCCGGAGCGGACAUGGGCCUGGAGAAGCUCGGCAUCUUUGUCAAGACGGUGACGGAAGGGGGAGCGGCUCACCGGGAUGGCAGGAUCCAGGUGAAUGACCUCAUCGUGGAGGUGGACGGUACCAGCCUGGUGGGCGUGACCCAGAGCUUCGCGGCCUCCGUGCUGAGGAACACCAAGGGUAGAGUCCGGUUCCUGAUCGGGCGGGAGAAGCCGGGCGAGCAAAGCGAGGUAGCUCAGCUGAUCCAGCAGACGCUGGAGCAGGAGCGGUGGCAGCGGGAGAUGAUGGAGCAGAGAUACACCCAGUACACGGAAGAGGAUGAAGAAACGGGCGAAUAUGCCACGGACGAGGACGAGGAGAUGAGCCCCAUGUUCCCCAGCAGCGAGAUGGCCAUCGAGGUCUUCGAACUGGCUGAGAAUGAGGACAUGCUGUCCCCUGUCGAGAUGGACCCCGAGAAGCUGGUGCACAAGUUUAAGGAGCUCCAGAUCAAACACGCCGUCACCGAGGCCGAGAUCCAGCAGCUGAAGAGGAAGCUGCAGUCCAUUGAGCAGGAGAAGGCUCGCUGGCGAGCCGAGAAGGCCCAGCUGGAGCAGAGCGUGGAGGAAAACAAGGAGAGGAUGGAGAAGCUGGAGGGUUAUUGGAUGGAGGCUCAGAACCUGUGCCAGGCGGUGGAUGAGCACCUGAAAGAGACUCAAGCCCAGUACCAGACCCUGGAACGGAAAUACAGCAAGGCCAAGCGGCUCAUCAAAGAGUAUCAGCAGAAGGAGAUCGAGUUCCUCAAGAAGGAGACGACCCAGAGGCGCGUGCUGGAGGAGUCGGAGCUGGCCCACAAGGAGGAAAUCGACAAGCUCCAGGAGAAGAUCUCCGAACUGGAGGGGAAGCUAGGGGAGGGGGCGGGGGGGGGGAGAGAAAGGGGCGUGGGAGGGGGGAGCCAGAAGAGAUGCCUCUGGAGCCCAGCAUGGACGCAAUCGGACGCGGCUAAGGAUGCCAGGGUGCCGUCGAGCUGCCCUGCCAUGUCGUCCUCCAAACGCCGAGACGCGGACGAGGUUUUCGAUUUUAAUGAUGUGAUUCCAGAGACCCAGAGACUGGACAGCAGUUUGCAGAAGGCCCGAGCCCAGCUGUCGGCCAAGGGCAGGCGGCACCGCCCGUCCCGGUCCCGCUUGAGAGACAGCGUCAGCUCGGCGGAAGGGGACGAGAGCCUGGAGAGGAAGGUGGCCGAUAAAUAUGGCAGCCCGCGGCACCGUCUGAGAUCCCCGCUGCACGCCACCCUGCAGGUCUCCUCUCCCCUCUCCGGCUCCUCCCCCUUCCUCCGCGCCACCGAGUUCUCCUUCGACGCCUCCGUGGUCAGGAGGUCGCUGGAGGAGGACGAGCAGCCUUCGUCCCCGCUGAUCCGCUACCGGCCCCUGACCAACGCUUCCUCCCAAGAGGCCUUGGGAUGCACCCCCACCGGCUCGCCCCCCAAGUCCUGCCACAGCUCGGACAGCUCGCCCAUCUACACCCGGAGGGACCGCCGGGCCGAGCGGCACAGCGAAGAUGACACAAGCCCGUCAGAGCCCGCCAGCCCCACCAUCGGGCUUGACAAGAAGACCCGGAGGAAGUUCCUGGAUUUGGGGGUGACCCUGAGACGAGCCUCUUCCAGCAAAAGCAGGAAAGAGAAGGGGAGCAACCGGUUGUCCAUGGGGAGCAGGGAGCUGGCGGAGGGCUGCAGCCGCUCGUCCGUGUCCCCGUUCAUGCCCUUCUCCUGGUUCAUGGACAGUGGGAAGGGCUCGGCCUCGUCCGGCAGCACCGUCUCCCCGACCCGCUCGCCCAAGAGGGAGGGCUUAAGCCCCAAGAAAUCUGCCUCCCAGGACUCCACCUUGAGCGACGACUCCACCCCACCCAGCAGCAGCCCCAAGACGCUGAGCAGCGGCGCCAGCGAGACGAAAUGCUCCUACCCCUACCACACGCUGUCCCAGUCCUCCGACGAGUUCCUGGACGAGCCCCUCAGCGCCGCCACCAGCUGGAGCAGCCAGCAAGUGGGCCAGUGGCUGGAGAGCCUGAACCUGGAGCAGUACGUGGGCGAGUUCGCAGCCCGCGAGGUGGACGGCCAGCAACUGCUGCAGCUGGAUGGAGCCAAGCUGAAGGCCCUCGGCGUCAGCAGCUCCACCGACCGGGCCCUGCUGAAGCGCAAGCUGAAGGACCUGAGCGUGGCGGUGGAGAAGGAGCGGAAAGCCCAGGAGAAGGUGGAGAAGCAGAGGGAGAAGCAGAAGCAGAAGAAGAAAGAGCAGGAGCCGCAGCGGAGGAGUUAGGGAGGGCGAGUUGGCACACGGCUCCCGGCGCGGGGAGGGACGGAAGGAGACCGCCCCCGCCCAGGCGAGGGGGAAUCGGGCGCACGGACCGGGAGAGACACCGGACCCCACAGGGGAUCAGCCCAGGUGCCAGGCUUUGGCUUGGGGCGGCACCGCCACGGAGCCCGGACCUUCCAGCCGCCUCCUGGCCCCAGUAGACAAGCAAACCCCUCCCUCACGCUGCCCAUCCACUCCGCCACGCACGGGGCUCCUGGCACGGCUGGACCCGGCCCCACAGCUGGCUAGCGGUUGGCACCCGCCCGUGGGUUGCAGCUGGCGCGGCUUCCCCCUCCCGGCUUCCCUGCUGACCUCCGUCUGCUGCCGAUCGGUUCCAGUCACCAAGGCGCCUUCCUGCUCCAUGCUGAUCAGUUGUCCUACCUCACCGGCCCCCCGUUUCCCUUAGCCCAUGGGCACCACUGCUGCUCCCCACUCCCUCCUGAAAAUGACGGCUCGGCCCCGAUGGGCCCGCAGGACGAAGAUAGUGCAUGGCGUUACCCCUCCCCCACCCACGAGCGAUCCCGGGUUGCGCUCGGGGUCCCCGGGCCCCCUCCAGGGGCCAGGAUCGACACAGCCCGGACGAGCAGGGCCCGGCCAAUUUAUUCCGAGAGCACAGACACCGACCCAGGGAGAAACCACGAAGGAAAUA